AACGAUUAGCUCGAGAACUUUGAGCAAGUAUUUUAUAUUUUGCAACCUGACUUGCAAUUCCAUUCACCCAUAUCAUCAUUGACCAUUGAGCCAAAAUGGAGCGCUUACAGCAGAACCCCGCGGAACUCUUCCGAAUCGUUAACAUGAUUGUCGGUGGUUUCGCUAUUGUUGGAGGUGUAGGAUCUCUUAUCAAGCAUAAUUUUUCAAGUAUCAUUAUUGGAAUCUAUGAGAUUCUCAUCGGCGCUGUGAUCGUCUUCCUAGAAGUUCGACCCCCAACCGAGGAGCACAAGGCCAUUAUCCAAAAGUAUGCCAGCUUCAUGCACUCUUUCCUUGGUCGUGGUGCUUUCUAUUUGUUGCUCGGCGUCCUAAUGCUUAACUAUUACAUGCUUCUGUAUAUCUGCGGCACCGUCGUCGGUGUCGUUGGUUUGGUUUUCAUCGCGCUGCAUUUCGUUCGUGUGGUCGAUGCCCCUUCAACUAUGCGAGCACCUGUCACUGAUGCGGAGGCACAACCAGUUUGGGAAGGGCCAACCGAAUAAGCAUUUAGCCUGUUUGAAAAAAACAUAUAUUUAUAGUGAACAGGACGAGCUCUGCCAGUAUGUCAUGUGAAGAAUCGUGCUUACUGGGCAGAAUAGAAUAGCUAUGGCUGCUGUAUGGACCGAAAUAUCACCAUUUUGAUGGCAAAAAACUUCUAUCUUCUACCUUCCUAUUUUAUGGGAUGCGAGGCCAACAACUGUUUAGAUUAUUAGGGAUAACUCGAAUUGUUCUCUGGUCGCGUAUUACUGUUGUAGCAUGACGACUUUGCUGGAGGAUCGUUUUUCCCUGACCAACAUAUAAGUGGGACUACCUUGGUACAGCCCAGACAUAGACGUAUUAUUAUCACCAUCAUUCGCCCGUCUUCUAUGAGCAUUUACUGUACCAAUUUGGCCACUACAGUAUCAGA